GCCGUCGAUCCCGUCAUGGCCGCGAUCCGUGCUGUGGAGGACACCGUCAAGAGCGUUCCUGCCACGUGCCAACAGAAGGUGGAGGCCUCGCUUCGUCCCGAGCUGGCCGCGAUGGAGCGCCGGCCUCCGGCCGCUGGAUUUCACAGAGAGGUGGACGCGACGGUGCUCAAGAUCGUGGCCUCCUCUAUGGUCAAGCGUAAGGAUGUCCACGACUCCAUCAAUGCCUGGCUGGACAA